AUGCCCCCGAAGCAGGCCAAAAAGGAGGCAAAGCCGUCUGCGCCGGUGAUCACCGUCGCGCAGGAGCUCCACGUCGACACGGAUCUACGCCGUCUGUAUGAGGCGUGCGGCUCACUCGGGGACCCCUUUGUUCCUUUUGCGAAGCGGGUGAAGACGGAGCUGACGCGUGUGAAGGAAGGAGAGCAGGAAGGGGUACCCCAGGUUCCUUUAUUUGUGCGUGGCGAGGUACUGCUUGGUGAUUUGAAGACUCUGUGCACCAUUGUGCUGCGACCCUAUCCCUUUCUCCGUGUGGUUCAGUUGCAUCACGCAGUGCUCGGCGAUGACGGCAUACUCAUUCUGUGCGAGUUUCUCAGUCAAUACCAGCCUCUUCCAGAUCGCAACCCAUUUGGCAUCCAGCGUCUCGAGUUGCCGGGCUGCACGAUCGGGCCACGGGGUUGCUUGUAUCUAGGCAACUACCUCAGGAGCAAUGCAACCGUGACAAAGCUUGUUCUCGACUUCAACCCCUUGGAGGAUGCCGGGGUGCGGGAGCUUUGCUCAGGGCUUCAGUGGAAUAGUUCUCUGACGUCUCUCUCUCUCCAGUACUGUGGCGUAAGCUCGGUUGGAGCGGGUGACAUCGCGUCGCGAGUCGUAAAGGAGUCUAACGUGUCCGUGCUUUCGCUGCGUGGAAACGCGAUAGGUGACAAGGGCGUGGAGGAGGUGGCCAAGGCUAUUUGCGUGAGCUCGAAGGUAGAGGACAUCGACCUGGCGGAUACAGCUUUCACCGGCGACGCGGGCGCUGUGCUAGCACUCUGCGAAGCCAUCGAAUGCGGCAUGGCUCUACGAGUGGUAGACUUGAACAUGUGCACCGUGACGCCCAGUGCCAGUGAGUGCCUACUCAAGUCACUGCAGGCAAGCAAGAGCGUAACGGCGCUACGAAUUAGCGAGCGCACCAACCCGGUUGUGUACAAGCAGAUCGUCGACAUUAGCGCCACUAGGUCUAAUCCGAGGAAGAAGAAGACGGGUAAGAAAAAGAUUUAA